AUGGGAUCGCCCGGGCACGCGUCCCCCAAGCCGAUUCGAUCCACUCGAAGCAUUCACGGGCCACUGACACCCCCACGGCCAGUGCGCGGAGAGCCCAGCUUCGAGAUCCAGAUCGUCACAAGUCGACUCCGCAAUGUUUCGCUUGACGCCCUCUCCGAAACCGAAACAGAUCUCCGCCGGCUCCUCACCUGCGCGACGAGCAAAACUAUCCUUCCUUUCUCGGACGCCUUCACAGCCCCUGACUUCACUGAGCUUCUGCCCAGCGGCGUGUCGCCCACGGUCACCAAGGUUGGCGAGGCAUCGUACUCGGAAGUGUUUUCUGUCGGCGACGGCGACAGAGCGGUGGUCGUCAAGGUUGUGCCGCUGCUCGGCAAAACUGGCUCCAGCUCCAAGGGCAAGACUGUUGCUGAGUUUCCGGACUGCUCCGCCGUCCCAGACGUUGUGCGCGAGAUUGAAAUCACGCGGCGAAUGUCCCAGACGCCUGGAGGAGGAUUCGUAGAGUUCCUUGGUGCAUUCGUCGUUGAAGGUACCUACCCAGCCCAACUGCUGGCCGAGUGGGACCGAUAUAGUGACGAAUGUGGAACAGAGAACCUCAGACCAGACUCCUUCCUCCCCUCUCAACGCUACGCCCUUGUCGUGCUCGGUAACGGCGGAGAAGACCUCGAGAGUUACAGGUUUGAGAACACGCGCGGCUGGGUACAGGCAGCAGCGGUGUUUUGGCAGGUGGCGGAUGCGCUGGCAAGGGCGGAGGCGUGGACAGAAUUCGAGCACCGCGACCUGCACGAGGGGCAGAUUCUCAUCAACGAUGUCGACGCCGACCCACCAGCCCCAGUCACAGACUACCUCGACACACGAUCAACAGGUGUUCGCGCAACAGUAAUCGACUUUGGCCUCUCCCGCCUAGACAUGCCGGACCAGGGGGCCGUCUACUCGGCCCUGCCCGAGGAGGUCUAUGAAGGCGUGGGCGACCAGUGGGACGUGUACCGUGAACAGCGCGACGUCGUCGAGGAGGCCGGGGCAUGGGACUCUUUCCAUCCUUCCACGAACGUGCUUUGGCUGCACUACCUCGCGGCGCGCCUGCUGCGUUCCACGCCGACAUUACGCAAGCCAUACGCGCGACGAGGCAAGCGUACAGUCCCCAAAACGGCCGCGCAGGUCAAGACGGAGAUGGCGCGCACGCGUGCGGAGGCCGCAUGGGGCAUGCUGCUGGAGGUCGAGGAGGAACUGAGCGGGCCACAAAAAGCCGACUUCUCUUCGGCGCAGAAGGUCAUGGAUUGGGGACGGAAGCAGGGUUGGGUCUCGUAG